AUGGCCCGUACCAGUCUGGCCUUGCUUUUUGCAGCCCUCUUGGGUGAAUUUGCAGACGCUGCGGCGUCGCAGGCGUAUACUUGGAAGAAUGUCGUCACGGGUGGUGGAGGAGGCUUCACGCCCGGCAUUGUCUUCAAUCCCUCCGCUAAAGGGUUAGCCUACGCGCGCACUGAUAUCGGAGGCGCGUACCGGCUCAACUCUGACGAUUCGUGGACUCCGCUGAUGGACUGGGUGGGGAAUUCCAGCUGGCAUGACUGGGGCAUCGAUGCCAUUGCCACCGACCCCGUGGACACGAAUCGUGUCUAUGUCGCGGUCGGAAUGUAUACCAAUGAAUGGGACCCGAAUGCGGGAUCGAUCCUGCGUUCGACGGAUCAGGGCGAUACCUGGGCGGAGACGGUGUUGCCGUUCAAGGUUGGAGGCAACAUGCCUGGUCGUGGGAUGGGAGAAAGAUUGGCGGUAGAUCCACACAAGAAUAACAUUUUGUACUUCGGUGCGCGCAGUGGACAUGGCUUGUGGAAGAGCACGGACUAUGGAGCGACCUGGACCAAUGUCACUUCGUUUACCUGGACUGGGACAUUUUUCCAGAAUUCGAGCUCGACAUACACUUCGGACCCGGUUGGUAUCGCUUGGGUGACCUUCGAUUCGACUUCGGGUAGUUCGGGGUCUGCGACUCCGCGAAUCUUUGUUGGCGUCGCCGAUGCGGGCAAGUCCGUCUUCAAGUCGGAGGAUGCGGGUGCUACUUGGGCUUGGGUGUCUGGAGAGCCUCAGUACGGUUUCCUUCCGCACAAGGGAGUUUUGUCUCCCAAGGAGAAUACACUCUACGUCUCUUAUUCCAACGGAGUCGGUCCAUACGACGGCACAAACGGAACAGUCCACAAGUAUAACAUCACCAGCGGAGUGUGGACUGACAUCAGCCCCACCUCCCUGACGAGCACCUACUACGGGUACGGUGGUCUGUCCGUCGACCUCCAGGUUCCUGGCACCUUGAUGGUUGCUGCGUUGAACUGCUGGUGGCCGGACGAGCUCAUCUGGCGCAGUGUUGACUCUGGAAAGACCUGGUCGCCUAUCUGGGAGUGGAACGGCUAUCCGAGCAUAAAUUACUACUACAGCUAUGAUAUCAGUAACGCCCCGUGGGUGCAAGACACUACUUCGACUGCUCAAUUUCCUGUCCGUGUCGGAUGGAUGGUGGAAGUCCUGGCUAUUGAUCCUUUUGACUCCAACCACUGGCUCUACGGCACGGGUCUGACCGUGUACGGUGGCCACGAUUUAACUAAUUGGGACUCAAAACACAAUGUGACCGUGAAGUCACUAGCGGUGGGAAUUGAGGAGAUGGCUGUGCUUGGACUCAUCACGCCACCUGGAGGGCCAGCGCUGUUGUCUGCUGUUGGCGACGACGGCGGGUUCUACCACUCGGACCUGGAUAAGGCGCCAAACCAGGCAUUCCAUACCCCGACCUAUGGCACGACCAACGGCAUCGACUAUGCAGGCAACAAGCCUUCUAAUAUUGUUCGAUCCGGAGCCAGUGAUGACUACCCCACCCUUGCCCAGUCGUCCAACUUUGGAUCGACCUGGUACGCUGAUUAUGCCGCCACCUCGAGCACCGGUACCGGAGCGGUGGCUCUGUCCGCCGACGGAGACACUGUACUUCUCAUGUCCAGCACCGCUGGCGCAUUGGUAUCGAAAUCGCAGGGUACCCUGACUGCCGUCUCCUCCCUACCGUCCGGGGCAGUCAUCGCUUCGGACAAAUCCGACAACACGGUCUUCUACGGUGGAUCCGCGGGCGCAAUCUACGUGUCGAAGAAUACCGCGACCUCUUUCACUAAGACUGUAUCCCUGGGAUCCAGCACAACGGUGAACGCCAUCCGCGCCCACCCCUCCAUUGCGGGAGAUGUCUGGGCGUCGACCGACAAGGGACUCUGGCAUUCGACCGAUUACGGUAGCACUUUCACGCAGAUCGGCAGCGGCGUUACAGCUGGCUGGAGCUUCGGGUUCGGCAAGGCCUCCUCGACCGGGAGCUACGUGGUGAUCUAUGGAUUCUUCACCAUCGACGGUGCGGCCGGACUAUUCAAGAGCGAGGACGCUGGCACGAACUGGCAGGUGAUCUCAGACGCGUCCCACGGGUUUGGGUCCGCGUCUGCCAACGUGGUCAACGGCGAUCUGCAGACGUACGGACGGGUCUUCGUAGGCACGAACGGACGAGGAAUUUUUUACGGCAAUCCCAGCGGAAGCUUGCCGGCGGCGACAGCUACCGCAUCGGGGUCGAAGACUUCGACGUCGUCGACCACGUCGAAGGCCACCAGCACGUCAACCUCAUCGGGCAGUACCACUUUGAAGACGACCACCUCCUCGUCCAGCACGACCUCGAAGGCGAGCACGACUACAUCGUCUAAGACGACCACCACGUCGAGCGGAAGCACGGCGACGGCGGCGGCGUACGCACAGUGCGGCGGCAGUGGAUGGACGGGGGCGACGGUCUGCGCCAGCGGAUACACAUGCACCUAUGCCAAUGAGUUUUACUCCCAAUGUGUUCCAUCGUCAUGA